CUGUGGCAACCCCUCCCAAGGGUAGAGUUACCAUCUUCUGCCCUGUCCCUUUGACCCUCUCUCUCCCUACUUCCCCUUGUCCCUGUAGAGCCACUUCCUCUGGCCCUCAAGGAUGUUCUCCCCCUCUUUGAGCCCCUAAAAGUUGGAGUAUCUCUGCUACCUUUUCUGUAAAAUAGGUGAGGAGGAUGGAGAACUGUGGCAAUAGAAACGGGGUCAGGUUGGGUGAACUGGGAAGAGGUGCCAGGGGAGUGAACGUGGAAGGUCUGAGAGGAGUCAACUCAGGAAAGAACAGCCUAGGAAAGUCAGUAACAAGGAAGUCGAGGCAGUUGGGGGAGGAGUCACAGCCAAGACCAAAAGCAGCAUCUCCCUCCCUGCCCCCCUUUCCUGGGGCUGCAGCCACCUUAGCUUCCCUCGUGAGUGACAUCUCAGGCUGCAGCCCCACUGUUCCCCCUCUGUCAGCAGAAAUAUCUCUCUCCUGACCCCUCCUGCUAGAGUCUCAGCCAGCCAAUCCCUGACCUGGGGGAGGGGGGAGCCUGGCCUCCCCUACUCCCUCAUAAGGACCUGCUGGGGGUUAGGGGGGUGGCCGGCUGCUGCAAGUGGGACGGGGGUCAGAGCUCGUGGAGGGAAGACAAACCUGGGGGGCUAGGAGAGAAAAGGAAGAAACACAGACAAACAGGCAGGUGGACACACUGAGGAAGGCCCCCCACGUGUGAGAACCCCCUAGAAGGAACACACCGCCCCCUGGCCCCCGGGAAGGGAGCACCAUGGAGGCCGCACACUCCAAGACCACAGAGGAAUGUUUGGCCCAUUUUGGGGUGAGCGAGACUACAGGCCUCACCCCGGACCAAGUUAAGCGGCAUCUGGAGAAAUACGGCCCCAAUGAGCUCCCGGCUGAGGAAGGCAAGUCCCUGUGGGAGUUGGUGGUAGAGCAGUUUGAAGACCUCCUGGUGCGGAUCCUUCUCUUGGCCGCCUGCAUUUCCUUUGUGCUGGCCUGGUUUGAGGAAGGUGAAGAGACCAUCACUGCCUUUGUUGAACCCUUUGUCAUCCUGUUGAUCCUAAUUGCCAACGCCAUCGUGGGAGUUUGGCAGGAACGUAAUGCAGAGAACGCCAUUGAGGCUUUGAAGGAGUAUGAACCAGAGAUGGGGAAGGUCUACCGCGCUGACCGCAAGUCAGUGCAGAGGAUCAAGGCUCGGGACAUUGUCCCUGGGGACAUCGUGGAGGUGGCUGUGGGGGACAAAGUCCCUGCAGAUAUCCGAAUCCUUUCUAUCAAGUCCACCACCCUCCGGGUUGACCAGUCCAUCCUGACAGGCGAGUCUGUAUCUGUUAUCAAGCACACUGACCCUGUUCCUGACCCCCGAGCUGUCAACCAGGACAAGAAGAACAUGCUCUUCUCGGGCACCAACAUCGCAGCCGGCAAGGCCGUGGGCAUUGUUGCCACCACUGGCGUGAGCACUGAGAUUGGAAAGAUCCGUGACCAGAUGGCCGCCACAGAGCAAGACAAGACCCCUCUGCAGCAAAAGCUGGAUGAGUUUGGGGAGCAGCUUUCCAAGGUCAUCUCCCUCAUCUGCGUGGCCGUCUGGCUCAUCAACAUUGGCCACUUCAAUGAUCCCGUCCAUGGGGGCUCCUGGUUCCGAGGUGCCAUCUACUAUUUUAAGAUUGCCGUGGCCCUGGCUGUUGCUGCCAUCCCAGAAGGCCUUCCUGCUGUCAUUACCACCUGCCUGGCCUUGGGCACACGCCGCAUGGCCAAGAAAAAUGCGAUUGUGAGGAGUCUGCCCUCUGUGGAGACCCUGGGCUGCACCUCUGUCAUCUGCUCUGACAAGACAGGCACCCUCACCACCAACCAGAUGUCUGUCUGCAAGAUGUUUAUCAUCGACCGGGUGGACGGCGAUUCCUGUGUCCUGAACGAGUUCUCUAUCACUGGUUCCACUUACGCCCCAGAAGGAGAGGUCUUGAAGAAUGAUAAGCCAGUCCGGGCAGGGCAGUACGAUGGGCUGGUGGAGCUGGCUACCAUCUGUGCCCUCUGCAAUGACUCCUCCUUGGACUUCAACGAGGCCAAGGGUGUCUAUGAGAAGGUGGGUGAGGCCACCGAAACCGCACUCACCACGCUGGUGGAGAAGAUGAACGUAUUCAACACUGACGUGAGAAGCCUCUCGAAGGUGGAGAGGGCCAAUGCCUGCAACUCGGUGAUCCGCCAGCUAAUGAAGAAGGAGUUCACUCUGGAGUUCUCCCGUGACAGGAAGUCCAUGUCUGUCUACUGCUCUCCGGCCAAAUCCUCCCGGGCUGCUGUGGGCAACAAAAUGUUUGUCAAGGGUGCCCCUGAGGGCGUCAUCGACCGCUGUAACUACGUGCGAGUGGGUACCACCAGGGUGCCCAUGACAGGGCCAGCGAAGGAGAAGAUCCUGUCUGUGAUCAAGGAGUGGGGCACUGGCCGGGACACCCUGCGCUGCCUGGCCCUGGCCACCCGAGACACCCCUCCCAAGCGAGAGGAGCUGAUCCUGGAUGACUCUGCCAGGUUCAUGGAGUACGAGGCCGACCUGACCUUCGUUGGUGUGGUGGGCAUGCUGGACCCACCCCGCAAGGAGGUCACGGGCUCCAUUCAGCUGUGCCGUGAUGCCGGCAUCAGAGUGAUCAUGAUCACCGGGGACAACAAGGGCACAGCCAUCGCCAUCUGCCGGCGAAUUGGCAUCUUUGGCGAGAACGAGGAGGUGACAGACCGAGCCUACACUGGCCGGGAGUUUGAUGACCUGCCCCUGGCCGAGCAGCGGGACGCCUGCCGUCGCGCCUGCUGCUUUGCCCGUGUCGAGCCCUCCCAUAAGUCCAAGAUCGUGGAGUAUCUGCAGUCCUUCGAUGAGAUCACAGCUAUGACAGGCGAUGGUGUCAACGAUGCCCCUGCCCUGAAGAAGGCCGAGAUUGGCAUUGCCAUGGGUUCUGGCACUGCCGUGGCCAAGACUGCCUCUGAGAUGGUGCUGGCCGACGACAACUUCUCCACCAUCGUGGCCGCCGUGGAGGAAGGCCGCGCCAUCUACAACAACAUGAAGCAGUUCAUCCGCUACCUCAUCUCCUCCAACGUGGGCGAGGUGGUCUGCAUCUUCCUGACGGCCGCCUUGGGGCUGCCCGAGGCCCUGAUCCCUGUGCAGCUGCUGUGGGUGAACUUGGUGACUGACGGGCUCCCGGCCACAGCCCUGGGUUUCAACCCACCAGACCUGGACAUCAUGGACCGGCCCCCCCGGAGUCCCAAGGAGCCCCUGAUCAGUGGCUGGCUCUUCUUCCGCUACUUGGCAAUUGGGGGCUAUGUGGGUGCAGCCACUGUGGGGGCCGCUGCCUGGUGGUUCCUGUAUGCGGAGGAUGGGCCUCAUGUCACCUACAGCCAGCUGACUCACUUCAUGCAGUGCAACGAGGAAAACUCCGACUUCGAGGGUCUGGACUGUGAGGUCUUCGAGGCCCCCGAGCCCAUGACUAUGGCUUUGUCCGUGCUGGUCACCAUCGAGAUGUGCAACGCCCUCAACAGCCUGUCUGAGAACCAGUCCCUCGUGCGGAUGCCCCCCUGGGUGAACAUCUGGCUGAUGGGCUCCAUCUGCCUUUCCAUGUCCCUCCAUUUCCUCAUCCUCUACGUCGACCCCCUGCCGAUGAUCUUCAAGCUCCGGGCCCUGGACGUAAGCCAGUGGCUCAUGGUCCUGAAGAUCUCCCUUCCCGUCAUCGGUCUGGAUGAACUCCUCAAGUUCGUUGCCAGGAACUAUCUGGAGGGAUAACCCGUUUCCCCUCUUCCGUCUCUUUGACCGUGUCACAGAUCCCGAAGAUGAAAGAAGGAAGUAACCAGCCCUUCGCCCCUCCCCCGCCCCCAUAGUGAUGCAUCUUCAGCCAGAGCUGUGGCACAACCCCAUGUUCCCUUGACUCCCCCCAAUUUUUCUGUUUAUAGACACAAUGUCCCCUUCCCUUCUUCCCCUCUUCCUUUCCUUUUGCCCUUGUAAACUACCCCCACCCCCAACCCCAUGGGGCUUGCAGGGACAAGGCGACCGAUUGAGCUGAGCUGCUUAUUUAUUGAAAAUAAAUGACAGAAAAGUCUGGCCU